GGGGAGGGGAGAGGAUUGACAUCAUUGGGCCACCACCAACCUUUUAAACCCCCCAGCCCAGCCAGCGCCCUGUCCUGUCUGUUGGUGUCCCAGGCACAGAAAACAUCAUUGCUUCCUCGAGCUUGGAGAACUCUUACUCUCACCCAGCAUGGCAAACAAGGGCCCCUCCUAUGGCAUGAGCCGGGAAGUACAGUCUAAAAUUGAGAAGAAAUAUGAUGAUGAACUAGAGGAACGGUUGGUGGAAUGGAUUAUUGUGCAGUGUGGCUCUGAUGUGGGCCGUCCUGAUCGAGGGCGACUGGGCUUCCAAGUCUGGCUGAAGAAUGGUGUGAUCCUGAGCAAGCUGGUGAAUAGCCUGCACCCUGACGGUUCCAAGCCAGUGAAGGUACCUGAGAACCCACCCACCAUGGUCUUCAAGCAGAUGGAACAGGUGGCUCAGUUCCUGAAGGCAGCUGAGGAAUAUGGGGUCACCAAGACUGACAUGUUCCAGACUGUUGACCUCUUUGAAGGUAAAGACCUGGCAGCUGUGCAGAGAACUCUGAUGGCACUAGGAAGCCUGGCAGUGACCAAGAAUGAUGGCCACUAUCGUGGAGAUCCCAACUGGUUCAUGAAGAAAGCCCAGGAGCACAAGAGGGAAUUCACAGAUAGCCAGCUCCAGGAAGGCAAGCACGUCAUCGGCCUACAGAUGGGCAGCAAUAGGGGAGCCUCCCAGGCUGGCAUGACAGGCUACGGGCGGCCCCGGCAGAUCAUCAGUUAGAGGGCUAGGGAACUGGCCCCUUCCUUGCCCCCUUCCCUGACUCCUUGGUUGCAGCAAUCCUGGCUCGCCUGCCUUGCCCCACGCCCUGUGCAGUUCCAGCCUUGGCCAAGCUUUGAGCACCCUUUCCCUCUUAAGGGCAGCUCUCUCUCCACUCCAAAGCACCCUUCCCUCGUCCAACCCAAAUCCUCUUCCCAGUCUCCACAACCACCUUCUACCAUUUCCCAAGUGUUGAGGGGGAGGCUGGGUUGGGGACAAGUCACUGUCCUCUUUGACAGCAACAGUCCACUGAGGGAACUUCAAGUCUGCCCCACAUUGGUAUUUUGGGAGUUAAAAUUUAGAGGAAAAAAUAUUAUGUUGAUCUUUUCUCACA